CACCCCUUCCCCCUGGUUCCCCAUCCUCUACCCCUUCCUCCCUGCUUCUCCUUCCCCUCUUCUCUACCUCUGUCCCUAUCAUUUUAACAUGCAUCUCUCCAACUCCAUUCUUUAUUUCUCUACCUCUCCCCCUACUCACAAAGCUGGCUACCAGCAAGACCUAAUUUGCUCCAGAAGCUCAUCUCCUCCUUCCCCUUCUCAAAUCACUUCAUCUCCUUUGCUCCUGUUCUACCCCCUGUCCCAUCCACUUCUACCCAGUCUCUCUUUUUGCGUCAACGUUAUAUUCAAGUGCUGUAGGUCGGGCCGAUGUUGGGGCUAUAAUUGUUGUUAAAAUAUUGAUGUGUAAAUGCUUAUUUUAUUGUUUCACUUCAAAUGACUAACAAGCCCCUUCCUGCUGCAGAUAUGAUAGUGCCUGUCUGAUUAUGUCACAGACUCUUCUGUUUAAAGCAGCUGGUGUUGUUUUAAAGGUAUUGCUCAGUGUUUAUUCUUGAUGAACAUGUCAUGUGACCGGUAAAUAGCUUAGCUGCCAGGUUUAGUUCAAAUAUAUAUUUUAUAAAAGUGAGCAGGAAAGCACUAAAAAUACAGUCUCUGUGUCUGGGUCACCUAUUUAAAAAGGGUGCCAAUCCAGCCUUGGCUGGGGGCUGCAUCACAGCGCUAUGAACGGUUUCUUCAUUUUACCAAACAUUCACAGCAUCAAUUUGGUUUUUGAUCUGUUUAUUUGGAUCGGCAUUUUCACAUUAGUCUCCCGACAAGUUUGUUACAGGACAGACAGGUUGCAACAGAGGCGGGAAGCGGGAGGCGUUGCAAUCUCCCAGUACACUCUACCUCCAAACGCAAUUGAAAUGCAUUCCACCAGAUUCCUGAGCCCAGUCAAUACUUUAUCCAGUACUGCGUAACCAUGGUACCCUCAGAUCUUCGUCACUGGUCGCUGGUUUACUUUAAGAGAUAUUGAACAGAAGCUGCAAUAUGAAGGAAAGCAACAGUCCAUUAAGGGUACAUGAAUUGAGGACCAGGAGUUUGAGCGCCAUGAAAUUCACGUACUUUGGGUGCCUGGUGGCCGUUGAGUCACUCCUGGUUUUUAGCUACCUCUUCUUUACAGCCAAGAGUCACCAAACAGACAGUCCUGUGAAAAACACAAAUUCCUGUAUAAUUCCAGCAAGCUCUGACGAACGUGGUGCCCUGAAAACGAUCAUACCUGUGGAAAACGCACAGGCUUUUGUUUUCUCGGCAUAUUUUGAUGACCGAUUUCCUUCUCCUGUUGUCCGCAUUAUUGGCAUUGUGGACCGGCAGCAGUAUAAUAAGAGACUCUACUGCCAUAUACGCUUACACAAUGAAACCGUCUCUGUUAAAGCAGACGUUGACAUCCAUGCAGAUCACUUUGGGUUUCGUUACGGCACCGCAGACCUCCACUGCAAAUGUCCAGGGAUAAACUCGAGCUCGUCUGUGUCAGUGACGAGUUCAGCUCAGAAUAACGCAUCGACCCCCGCUUUGAGCAUUCGGAAUAUCAAUAAGGGAAAACCUUCCCAUUUCACCUACGAGUUUGCUGUGUGCAUUUCCGUAAUGUUUAAGAAUUACAGCAACGUCUUGCAAUUCAUACAAACCAUUGAGAUGCACAGGCUGCUCGGGGUGCAAAAGGUGUUCAUAUACAGAACCAGCAGCAGCCAAGCGUUAGACACAGUGCUGGGGCACUAUAUUAAAGAUGGCAUUGUGGAGGUCAUCCCGUGGCAAAUCACUUCAUUCAUUAAUGUGUCCCAUUCUUGGAAGCCCGAGGCGGGCGGUGAGCUUCAUUACAACGGGCAGAUCGCUACUUUAAACGACUGCAUCUAUCGAAACAUGUACACCAGCCGGUACGUGGCACUCACAGACCUCGAUGAAAUCAUAAUUCCGCGCAGGCAUUCAAACUGGGGGGGUCUCAUGAAGUUCCUCCAAGAGCAGCACUUUUAUUAUAAUAAUGUUUAA